CUAAUUUUUUGUUUUCAUUUGAUUAUUCCGUGAGCUUUUUCAAUUAACUAUAAGUAUUCCAAAAUGAAAAGACACGCUGUAUGUGUAUCAAGGAUAUUGUUAAAAUCAAAUAAUGCUUCAUCCAUAGUCUCCAUUCGCUGUUUAAACACAAAAGAAGCAAUUGAACGUAGACAUCAUUUAUUCACAUUAGAGAAGAAGCGGCAACUUGAUAAAGUGGGUAGAAUAGAGAAGAUAGAAGUGAACUACAAGGGUAUUCCAAAUGACUGCACACUUGUUAUGAACAAGGAUCUUUCCACACCUUAUGAUUGUGCUAGACAUUUAAGUGAGUGGCAUGCAGAUAGCAGUGCAUUGGCCGUUAUCAAUGACUCAGUAUACUGGGAUAUGCACAGACCUUUGACAGAAAACUGCACAUUGCAAUUUCAAAACUUCACUGUGCCGGAACCACAACAAGUGAACAAGGCAUUCUGGCGUACAUGCUCACUAUUGCUCGGCGCUUGUGCAUCCGUUGCCUUCAAAGACACAGUACCCGUCAAACUACACAGUUUCCCUGGACCGGAUAUUCGCAGUGGCUCAUUCAUCUAUGACAUAGACCUGCCCACGCUGGACAACUGGGUUCCCACUGCCCAAGAGCUGCAAACCCUCAGUGCGGAAUAUGUGUUGCUGAGUAGAAAAUGUCUGCCGAUUGAGCGACUGGACGUAUCAGAGGAACUGGCACUGGAGAUGUUUAAAGACAACGAGCACAAGGCCGGACAGAUACCCAGCAUUGCAAGGGCUAAUGGAAAGGUGACAUUAUACAAGGUGGACAAGCACGUGGAUAUAUCUAAAGGCCCCAUGAUCAGCCACACGGGGCUCAUCGGUAAACUCACCAUCGCCUCUGUACAUCAGAUACCUGGUUCAGAAGAUGGCAGUUUGAAGCGGCUGUACCGGUUCCAAGGAGUUGCUCUCCCCACUGGAGUCAUAUUGAACCAUUUCACUUUCUCCAUUCUCCAAGAGCGCGCCAAAAAAUUGAACUCUGCAAGAUCUCCACUCAGUAAAUACGAAGAUACCAGGGACAGCGUAGCAGCUAGUGCCUAAUUACAGUUCUUUCAAUCUACGAGCGCGCGUAGCCUUUAUUUGUAGUUGUAAUUGUAAAUAGACAUUUUUGUUAGUAUGCGUACCUGACGGAGCAGUCAGUAGCGAGCGAGCCAUGUACGCGUGUGUAGAUACUCUCACUCACACAACUAAGGGCGCCGCGCAC